CCGAUGUGGGUGCUACUGUUGGGUUUUAAAAGUUACCGGAUGGAUCCCAACGCCAAUCAGUCUGUAAUUGGUUUGCAAAUGAAAAUGCGGUUUUCAAGUAAAGUGGCAGCUUUCUUCACAACGUGGUUAGUGAUUACAGUGGUAUGUGAAGAAAUAAUUCAACGGGAGUUACAGUUACAUCCAGAAACCCCAAGAAGAGGUCGAUUUUUAGGACUGCUCGGACUGUUGACUGGAUUAUCAUUGGUUGAUUCGUAUGAAGAAGGUGAAACAAGAAUAAGACCACCUGCCGGAAUUGUGAAGAUCAAUAUUGGAAGACCCUUAAUGGAAUCGUUCUAUCAGUAUGCGUAUAAUCCUUACUUUUAUGGAUCAGUUCCGACUAUUAACAUCAAGAUACCUCUUCGGCCUGAUGGGGAACAUGAUGGUGGUGGAUUUGGUGGUGCGGGAUUUGGCGGGUUGGGCGGCGUAGGUGUGAUCGGUAGCUAUCCUGGACAGUUUGGGACGCACGGGCCGACGAACUUAAUCGAGCCAAGACCAACGUUCGCAGAUCCUGUUGAAACAGCAUCAGUUGAAUCCGCCGAAUCUGCCAAAAAGUUGAAGCCAAUAAAGAAAACGAAACGUUCAAAAAUUUCAUCUCAACGCAUCAAUGGAAACACCCUGAGAAGUAAUAUAAUCGAUAACCCAAUUACAGAAGAAGACCAUCUUACAGAAAUUACAACACAAUCAUUAUUUCCUACACCAAAUCAGGAGCUCAAUGAUCCGUCUACUGAGGAGCCCUUGGUUCUCCAUGCUACCGCGAUUCCAGUUAUUGAGAACAAUAGUGAAAAUACCAUCACAACGCAAGGGCCAUUUUUAACACCACCGCCAGCUGAUUUCCAACAACCAAUUCCUCAGUCAUACUUCCCCCAAUCUGGCAGCCUUCAAGAUCCAUCGGAAAUCAGCAUAACUACUGCUGAAGCCCCCAUUGACCCGUUCAGGGCAAGUCGGAUCGACCGACUACAAGAUUAUUAUAACAGAAGUUCUGAUGAAUUUCGGCCCGUCGCUAGUGCUUUGUAAAAUAUUUCUCCAGUAAAACAUAAAUUUUAUAUAACACAUACAAAACUUCACCAUAAACACCUAACACCUUGCCCUUUAGUUCGUUGACACCGCAAAUGACCGUUCUGUAAAUGUGUCGUUCCAUUCUUUCUGAUGAUGUUCCGUCCGAGCAUUACUGCGUAGCACCAGGUGAUUAUCAGUAAUUUCUCACCUCAAAUGGGUCGGUCUUUUCGGAUCCACAACGCCAUAUGGGCUCGUUCAAUUGAAGGUAGCAAGCACCAGUAGUGUAGGGCGAGCCGUCAUCGCCGUCGUCGUCGUCGUCUUUGGCUGUUGUCUGACCUGCAUGGAAUGGUGAAGGAUGAUGGCGAGCAUGACGAGACUUUUCCAGUUAUAUCGCUAAAGCUAGAGACGACAAUUAAACUACAUUACGUAACUUCGGGUAGAAAAUUAGUUGCAUUGAAAUAAUAAAGACAUUUCGGGCCGUUGGAUUGGUCGAAGUGCAUAGCAUAUUGGAUUUGAUAGGUUGGUGAAGC